GGCCCAGGUCCCCACAGUGGGGCUGCAACUUCGGGGAGGCUGGCAAUUGGGCCUCGCGCCUGUCCUGCCGCCGCUGCGGGCGGGCGGCGCCCUUGGCGGUCCGCCAGCGCGCCUAUGAGGCGGCCGUUUGGACCACCGCCCAGGCAGCCACCCAGGCGAAGGACAAGGGGUCGAAGGCGAAGGCUGAGGGCCCCAAGCCUGGGGCGGCGGCUGCGGCCGAGGCUACAGCGGGGCAGCCGAGCGCCGAGGUGCCGCUGGCCACGGCGAAGCUGCUCGUGGACAUGCAUGUGCAGCAGUACGGCGCCGACCGGGGGGCUUGGCCUAAGGACUGCGCGGAGCUCAUGCGCUGCGUGGCGAUCGUCGACAAGCACGCGGAGGCGGAGGAGGCCAAGAGCAAGCGAUAUGCCGCAGGCCAUCUUGGGCUUCGCCAGAUCCUCAUGCGGCUCGACGAGAAUAAAACCAAGAUCGACAAGGCCAAGCGCCGGAUCCAGGAGAUCCAGGCGGAGGCCGACGAGGUGCAGAAGCGCCUGGACAAAGAGAACGCCAUCCUGGCGGGACACCAGGCCAAGCGGAAGGAACUGAAGGUGGCCAAGGACGAGGCGAAGCUUCAGGAGGAGCGCGCGAAGGUCCAAGGCGCAGGGGCGGCUGAGGCUGCAGCCGCGAUCAUGGAGGCCUUCACCAGGACCUGCACCGUCGCCGGGCUGGACAGAAUCUCGUCCCCAGAACUCCAGGCGGAGUUCGCCGAGAAGUUCGGGGGCCUCCGGGGCGUGGUCGAGAAGAUUGCAGCCGUGGGCGCCCACAGGCCGCGCAGGCCGCAGCUCCCGAGGGCGCUGGGGGCGGCGAUGCGAGCGUUCCUGGCGCUGCAGGCGGUGCCGGUGCUGCGGGCGCUCGCGAUGCAGAUGUUCAUAUGGCCGAGCCCGGUGCGGACGUCCCUGAUCCAGAGGGCUCCUAGCCCGUCCGAGGAUUUGCUGCUGUGGACGUGCAACACCAAUGCGUGGACAUCGUGCGAGAAGCUCCUCGAAUGGUGGUUCAAGGACGUUGGCGCGAGGAUGCCCGACAUCGUAUGCGUGCAGGAACACCGCAUCAAGCUUGAGACGAAGCACGGGGCAGCCAGGCGCUGGGCCCAGGAGCAGGGGCUCAAGGCAGUGCUGGGCCUCGCAGAGGCGACUGGCGAUGGGCCCCUGCAGUCGUCGGGGGGCACAGGGGUUUUGGUGUCGGCGGCGUGUGCGGCCCAAGCACUGCCCACCCCGCUGUGCCCUGGCCACCGGGCCCAGGCCGUCAGGAUGAACGUCGGACUGCAGCUGCCGAUUGUGGUGGUGUCUGUGUACCUCGUCGACAAGAUCGGGAAGACCGGGCAGAACCUGGACAUCAUGGAGGGCAUGCUCAGGGAGAUCCUCGGCUGGCGGCGCCCCUGGGCAGCAAUGGGCGACUGGAACGUCGACCCAUGCUUCGUCCAUUACUGGGUCGGCCUAGUGGAGGGCGCGCCGAUGUCGCCUCACUGCCCGGUGGCGCUGCGGCUCAAGGGCGUGCGCAAGCGGGCGCGCAUCCAGGUGGCGAAGGAGGUUCGGGACAUGGACGCCGGAGUGCAGCACGUCGGAGAGGCGAGCCAAGAGUGGUUCGCAGAGGUGGAGAGGUACUUGAGCUCCUUGCACGGCAUGGGGGAGGACCACGCGGCAGGGAAGCUCAGCAGAGGAGGAGGAUUGGUGAUGCAGGAGAUGUCCCUGGAGGCGCACUGGUCCAGGCGCUGCCGGGAUAGGUCGGGCCUGACGGCGCGGGAAUGGCACCGGCGCGUGGCAGCGCUAGGCCGGCUCAGUUCUCUGGUGGAGUCCGUCAGCAGGUUGGGCCGCGGCUGGGCGGAGUUGCGCAAGCAGGUGGUUCAGGUGCGCGGCAUGGAUAAAGACGACGAGUGGCUGGCGGAAGGACCGCUGGCAGGGCUCAGCAUGGCCGCCCUAGCCGCGGAAGUCCAAAGGGGACCAGCAGGUUCGGGGGCAUUGCUGCUCCAGGAGGUGCGACGGCAGGCGGCCGCUGCGGACGCCCGGGACGCCGCCAACAGCAGCGAAGAGCGGAAGGCAUGGGCCAAAGCGGCCGCUACGGAGCUGGGAGGUCCGCGCGCCUUCCAGUUCAUCAAGCAGCAGGAUGCAGAGUGUGACGUCGUCGAGCCUGCCCGCGCGGACAGCCCUGGCUUGCCGGUCGAGGGCUCGGCGGCGUUGGAGGUGGUCCUGGACGAGUGGCUCGAGGACCUGGGCGAGGCGCUGCGCAGGUGCAAGGACCUGGAGGGCGAGGACCUCAAGGUCAGCUGGAAGAAGACCAAGUUCUUGGCCAACACCGAGGCGGUGGCGCAGGCCAUGGACACCGCCCUGGCCAGG